CAUAUCAUCUCGUUGAUUAUUCCUCAGAACAAACCCGUGUUCACACUGUACGAUGGCAUACUCAACACCUACGAAACCUACAUCGGUCGGGUGACGUUGUUGAGCAACGAUCUUGUUUACGGAAAGGCAUCGCUGAACCUGACGUCCAUACGGGAAAGUGACAACGGCUGGUACGAGUGUAAGGUCAUUCCGAACAGGGUACCGAACAAGCGCAACAAUGGAACCUGGUUCCACAUUUCGGUGUUGGGUGGUACAUUGCUCAAUCCACCGGUGAAUUCGACUGUUCUGGAAGGCGAUCCAGCAUUCUUCCACUGUACGGCUCAGAACCCGGAGACGAUGUUCGUCGAGUGGUACAAAGAUGGCGUUCCUCUGCUGGAGAUGUACGACUUAAACAGAUCGACCUUCGGACCAGACGGAAGCCUUACCAUUCUUCCGACCCAGAUGAGCGAUUUGGGAUACUACACGUGUUUAGUACGCAAUAAAGCAAAUGACACGCAGGAUGCGAGUGCCUUCUUGAAUGUUCAAUAUGCAGCGAAGGUGAUAUUUGCUCCAAAGGAAGUUUAUCUGCCAUUUGGGCAGCCUGCCGUGCUGGAUUGCCACUUCAGAUCCAAUCCACCGUUAACGAAUCUUCGAUGGGAGAAGGAUGGUUUUCUUUUCGAUCCGUACAACGUCCAGGGUGUGUUCUACAAACGCAACGGAAGCAUUUAUUUCGAGAAAGUGGAUGACUCACAUGCAGGGCGCUACUCGUGCACUCCCUAUAAUGAUUUAGGAACUGAUGGAUCCUCUCCGAUGAUCAACGUUAUUGUGCAGAAACCCCCGCAAUUCAUCUUGAAACCCAAGAUUCUGUAUGACAAGAUCGGAGGAACGGUGGAGAUGCAUUGCGAUGCACGUGAUCAAGACGGUUCACAUACUCCACAAAUAAGUUGGAUUAAGAGAGAUGGAAGCCUACUUCCCCAUGGGCGUUACCAGCUGAACGGAGCUAAUCUAACAAUUGAAGACAUCACUGAGUCGGAUCGAGGCAUCUACGCUUGUCAGGCGACAAACGAAGCGGCGACCAUUUCGGCUGACGCCGAGAUCAUGAUCGAGAAUGUGUCCCCAAGAGCUCCGUACAAUCUGACUGGAAACAGCUCCGAUACUGCGAUCACCUUACGAUGGGCUCCCGGCUACAUUCGACAAUAUCUGGAGUACAUCAUCUGGUACCGGUUAGCGGAAGCGCAAGAAUGGAGGACGUUCAAAGUGAACAACAAGCAUAUUCUGGAGGCAACGAUCACGAAUCUGUUGCCUGCCAAGGAAUACGAAUUCAUGGUGCUUUGUCAAGAUAGCUACGGCGAUGGAAUGUUCAGCAAGGCGUUCAGAUAUUUCACCAAGCCUAAGGAAUUCGAGCAGCCGGAAACGUUCCAAGACACGCUGCUGCAGUUCAAUCAGAUCGGUUCGCCAAUCAACCUGACCAUCGAGAAGCGACACAGCAACUACGAAGCACGCUGGAAACCGCCGGAGUUGGGUCUGGAUCAGCUUCGUUACUAUAUCCUGCGCUGGUGGGUGGAACCACAGCAUAAGCUGCACGGCAGCCGCACGACUCCUGAGACGAGCUAUAUUCUCGAGGAUUUGGACGAAGACGAGCUGUACACGUUCCAGGUGUUCGCCAUGUCCACUACCAACUACACCAGUGGCAGCAACGAGGUAGAAAUCUACAUUCAUCCCUACCAGAAGGUGAAGGUGAUGACCAUUGGAGGAGUGCUGUUGCUACUCGUCUCCUUGGCGGUCAUCAGUAUGCUUUUGUACGUGAAAAGAAACCGGAUAAGGAAGCUCCGAGAGGCGGAGAAUGUGAAGAUCUAAUGAGCCAUUUGCCAGGCCGACGAAUAAGUAUUCAAUAUCAUUGAUGCAAUUCCAAAUUAGUUUAAGAUAGCUUAGUUGUAUCGUAGAAUAUCGGAAAUAACUCAUUUGUUCAUAGGUUAGAAAAAGAAUGUGUCUGAUUCAUAGGUUAAGUUAUGAUGUAGAUGUUCGCUUAAUAAACAGUUGCAAUACUAGGUCUUUGAAGUGUAUUAGGUCAA